GCGGGGAAAAUUCCCAUAAUGUCCACUCAAUGACUAAGAGGAUAGGAGGAACACAAAGAAACAGUUAAUUCUGAAAUAUGUUCUGUACGCUUUUUCUGAGGUCGACUUGACUGUUCCAAAGAAUAGACACCCUCUAUCACAGUUAAACGUUCCGUUUUGCCGAGCCUAUGCUAAUAACGUAAGGUUUUGUGUGUAGCUAACAUGUUAGCUAGCUACUUGUAUCUAUGUUGCUAGCUAAAUACGACAGGGCUGAUUUGUCGUUGUCUAGCAGUGGAACUCACUACGGCUGAAGUGAUGAUCGCGAAUUACGUGGAAAUACACAUUGAGAUUUAACAGGCAGCCCAGCGAAUGUCAAGGUUACCCAGAUGGCUCUCUCUCAGAUGACACUACUGCCCAUCAUUAGGUUGCCGUGGGCCUGAGGGCAUGGUGAGGAGCGUUGGUCAGCGGGGAGCAGACGGAGACGAGCAGACCUGAAGAAGGAGGGCGAGAGAGGGGGAUAGAGGGAGCAAGAGAACGAGUGCGGGUGCGAGAGCGAGACAUGGGCCAGUGUGUCACCAAGUGCAAGAACCCCACGUCCUCUCUGGGCAGCAAGAGCGGAGACAAGGAGUCUGGCGGCAAGUCUCACAAGAAGGGUGGAGGAGGAGGCGGAGGAGGCGGCGGAGGCGGCGGCCACCACAAGGAUGACUCCUCCUGCCCCAAGAGCUCCUCCGAGCCCGUCAACAACGGCACCAAGGCGCCUCCAGACGUGACAGUGGAGACGCCAGUGGCGCCGUCCACCCUGCUGCUCGGGGGCGAGUACCCCAAGGAGGAGGGCAGCUGCUGGUCGGACGGGGGAGGAGGAGGGGGGGACAGAGGAGGUGGGGGCGAGGGAGGAGGAGGUGGAGGCGUGUCGCUGCGGAGGAUCGAGGAGAUGUUCCUGCGCUACAAGGACGAGCAGGAGGACGCCAUCCUGGAGGAGGGCAUGGAGCACUUCUGCGAGGACCUCCACGUCGACCCGGCUGAGUUCAGAGUCCUGGUGCUGGCCUGGAAGUUCCAGGCGGCCACCAUGUGCAAGUUUACAAGGAAAGAGUUUGUGGAGGGCUGCCGUGCCAUCAAGGCGGACAGCCUGGAGGGGAUCUGCGGGCGUUUCUCGGCCAUGAUGGAGGAGGCGCGCGGGGAGGAGAGCUUCAAGGACCUGUACCGCUUCACCUUCCAGUUCGGCCUGGACGUGGACGAGGGCCAGCGCUCGCUGCAGCGCGGCAUCGCCGUGGCCCUGUGGCGCCUGGUCUUCACGCAGGACACGCCGGCCGUGCUGGAGCGCUGGCUGGACUUCCUGUCGGAGAACCCGUGCGGCGUGCGCGGCAUCUCGCGCGACACCUGGAACAUGUUCCUGAACUUCACGCAGAGCAUCGGCUCGGACCUGAGCAACUACAGCGAGGACGAGGCCUGGCCGAGCCUCUUUGACUCCUUUGUGGAGUGGGAGACGGAGCGGAGGCGCAGGGAACAGGAGCAGAGAGCGAGGGAGGAGGAGGAGCAGGAGGAAGAGGAGAGACGGAGGGAAGGAGGACAGGAGGGGGAUGGGGAGGAGGCGUCGGCGAUGGUGGACUGCGCUGGCUCUGCCUCCGCGUUGACAGACUGCUCCUCUGAGGCGGGCGCCACACAGGGCUGGACUACUUCCUCAACUCACUGACUCGCGUGCCUGGUGAAGCAUGCUGGGAUAUGAACCCAAUAUAACGUCGAUGGCCUUGGUGGAUAUGAGUAUUACUGUUUCAUUACCCAUCUAUAUUUCACCAUUAUUAUUAUUAUUAAUAUUAUUAUUAUUAUUAUUAUGAUUUUUUGGCUGCUUUUGUGGAGGCUGAUGAUGACUCCACCCACCCCCUCUGCCUCUUGGCCCCUCCUCCCUCACCCCGUUCUUGUGUUUUUAUUGAAAGGGCUCUGUAAUGACAUGAUUUUUUUUUAUUUUUUAAAGCACUUCUAUUUAACUUAUUGUUUUAUUUUGUUUGAAAAAAUGAUUGUUUCUUUUUGGUAUUCAACAUUUUUUUGGGCUUUUUUUUUGGAGAGUUAACCCCCACCGUUCAGGACCCCCACGUUCUUGAGCACGCCACCCCAGCUGACACCCCAUGUGGCUGUUAAAGAGAAAUAGAGAGAGAGUGAAAGAGAGAACGAGAAAGAGAGAGAGAAAGAGUGACCGUGUCCAUCGGCUGUAGUACAAGUAGUAGCAUCACAAUCUUGUCAUCCACUGGCAACCUCCAAACCCCCCAACCCGGGUUCACUACUUUCAUUUAUGCUGCCUGCAGUGCAAGGUGUGUGUGUGUGUGCGUGUGCGCGAGUGUGUGUUGGUGUGACAAAAGGAAAAGGAAAACAUUGUCUUAAGUGGGUUACGCAAUUUUACAGGUUUCACUCGCUCACAAUUUUUUUCUCCCCAAGCGAGGAAACGAGUGAUGCCACCAAUCACAAGCAAACCAGCACACACCACGAGAAACCUUGAGGAUGAAAUGAUCCCACAGAGGAGAGGAGAGGAGAGGAGAGGAGAGGAGUGUAGCCACUAGCCAGGGGGAGAGGAGACUAGGGAGAGAUUGACAACGUGCCGUCACGUGGGGGAGUGAUGGAACUGGAAGUUCAACAGAGAAAAGACAUGCAGGGUAUGAGGACGAUGAUGAACAUUGGGGGCUUUGCUUGUUGUCAGCCUUAAAAAGCAUUGCACAAGAGGGUAUCCUUAAACCAUUUCGAUACCAAAAAAAAAAAUCAGCUCCCACAGGCACAGUUGAAUUCAUGAAUGAAGUCACAACCAUAUUUUUAUCCUCAAAGUUAUUACUAUUGAUGAUUUUAUCCCCCCCCCUUUCGCAACAUCAUUCAAGACAAUAUUAGUGCCCUGACCUUAAUGCCUGUCCAAUGAGAUGCCCAGAGUCGUUGUCAGGCCGCCUUCGACUGCAAAAUUGAUUCAGCAGAAAUGAGCCGUUCUGGGGUGCAUUUCUCGAAACCACAAUUGCUAAUGCUAACUACAUUAGCUACUUUGUUGUUUGCAAUGCAAUUUCCCGUUGGCAACGACCCAAGUUGCGAACUGGCUAACAACUACAGUUUUGAGGAAACACACCCCUGGAGUGGAACUGUGGAGCAGAAAAGAAAAUAGCCCUCCGCUGCUGCAACGAGAUUGAGAAACACGCAUACAGAGAUGUCAGACAUACAGCGAUAUCGGGAUGACCUGAUCCCCUGCCACCCGCCCCAUCUAACUGUUUUCAUGCGGUCCAUCGGGUGCAUUUCUCAACAACAUCGUCGCUAAGUUAGCAACUUACUUGGUUGCAAUCCGAUUUCCCAUUGGAAACCUAGUAAGUUGCUAACUGGUUAGUAACAAUGCUGUCAAGAAAUGGGGCCCUGAACCGUGCUGGUGCCCGUGUUGCCAAGUAAUGUGGCUUCUUCAACCACCCAGGUGUCACAACCCACAGUGGUCAGAGCAGAACAAAAUUGGAAAUAAAUGUCACAACUAUUUCAAUUAGAUCUGACCAAUCCCUGUGGCUCUCACAGCUGGGUAGCCAACUGUUGUGGUAUGACCAGACAACUUUUCACAGUUUCAGGUAACCGUUAACAGUUGCCGUAGUGCUUUGCAGUGACCGAUCCGGGUCCAUACUGCACGUGAGACCCACCCAGAUCAACCUGCAGACAUCUCUAUAUUUGGAAAAGUAUUUUUCUGCUGGAAAAGUAUUUUUCGAUUUGCCAUGCAAACCAAACUUUCUGGUUCCCAAAUAGUCCGAUUUCCAGCGUGAAGACAUCAGUAGGGUUGAGAUUAGGUGUGGGAUUAGGCACCAGCGCGGUUCUCUGUUGGUCUGAGCACAUGCCCUCGAGAGGCGUUGUCACUGUACUACCAAAGCACUAUGUUGCCCGGCUGAAUUUUUUUCUGCCCGCAAAAAAUCCCUGAAAAGUAUUAUUGUGGAAUUCACAGAAUCUUAACUGGUAAUCUGUAAAGCAGUGUUUCUCAACCUUUUCGGACCGAGGACCACUCCCCCCACAUUUACAUUCACAUUCACAUUUACAUAAUAAGACUUACUUCUUAUUAUUUUAAUUUGUAUUAAUUGUUUGUAAUUAUGUUGCAAAUAUAACCUACUGCUCAUUUUGGAAAAGUAGAAAUCCCCUUGUGGUCCACCUAAACUCUGACGUGGACCACCAGUGAUCCCCGGACCACACUUUGAGAAUCACUGCUCUAAAGCAUCAAAGGUGUUCAGAUGUAUGUAUUCUUUAAUUUCUCCAAAAAAUGACCCCCUCUGUUAGAUAGGACAAUGGUCUUUGGAAUGACUGACAUGCUUUUCUCAAGACUCUUAAAUGUGGUGUGGUGACAUCAAAUGAAUCUGUGGAAUGUGAGGCUUUUUUUUUUUUUUUGGACUGAAAGGGGAAGUUUAUUUUGGACCAGGUAAAUCCCUUUUCUGCAUUUCACAGUGUAUACAAGUCAAAGUAUGUUCUCCUGUCCUUUCCUGUUGUCUUGGGCCCCUUUGUCUGUGCAAUUGUUUCCCCUAACCCUGGUCAACAAGCACAGCGUGACAUUUGGGGGUGGCUUCUGCCCCAUCCAAAUUUUGGAUUGUAAAAGAGAGUGACCUUUUGAAUUGUGUUUUUGCAAGAUGUUGAAUAAAAUCUUUGGCCAUUAACGACAUUAGAAAAGGAAAGGACAGGAGGUGGUAGUUUGAUUUGCGCACAAUCUCUGUCGCACGCUUUUGACCUCUUAAGGAAGUACUUUAGGUAAUAUUUAAUAAUAAUGAAGAAGGGAAUAUGCUGCCUACUACAUAAUAAACUAGUAAUGGGAACACACACAACGAUAUAAGGGCCCUGUGUUGCAGUAAGAAAAAAAAGUGUUGCUGAUGCUGAAUGUUUGGAGAAAGCAUGCAGGUGUUAGCUGCAAAAGCAGUGUGUGUGUGUGUGUGUGUGUGUGUGUGUGUGUGUGAGAGAGAGUCUGUGCGUGCGUGCGCAUGUGUGUGAAUUAGACUGGCACUCGUUGGCUUCUGUUGCCACACUCGAAUCUCACAGGGAUCCUCAUUCUUUUGUCUUUUAGCCUCCAUUCUCUUUUCUUUCUCCUCCUCCUCCUCCUCCUCCUCCUCUUAUGUGGCUGUAUCCUCUGCCUUCUCUCAGCCCUCCCUCCCCUUUACAGCUUGCAGUUUGUGAUUUACGAGGAUGCCUGUGACCAGACGUGUGAUUGUGUGUGGAAGGUGCUUGCUGUGAUCAGGUUUUUUUUUUUUUUUUGCGGUUUACAUUUUACAUUUACAGUGGUUUCAUUUCACUUCUCCUUCGUCUGGUUUUUAUAUAAAAAUGCAAUGAUUUAUAACGAAUAAAAAUGGUGUGGACUGUGGACCACAAAAUGUUA